AUGUGGAAACGAGCCAAGACUGAGGAUGAGAAGGAGCAGCGUCGUGUGGAACGCGUUCUGCGCAACCGCCGUGCUGCCCAGUCUUCGAGGGAGCGCAAGAGGCUCGAGGUUGAGGCCCUCGAGAUGAAGAACAAGGAGCUCGAGACUGCCCUGAACCACGCACAACAGGCGAACGCUAGGUUGAUGGAGGAGCUUACCAAGUUCCGCCGUGGUUCCGGUGCCGUCGCCCGUUCUUCUUCCCCCUUUGACUCCUUCCACAACAGCAACUCGGUCACCCUCUCCCCCGAGCUGUUCGGCUCUCAAGACGGCCGCCGGCCAUCAGUGGCCGACUCCGAGUCGACACUCGUCGACGGUUUGAUGGCGGCCUCCAAGUCCGCCGCGACCGUCAACCCCGCCUCCCUCUCGCCCGCCCUCACCCCCGUCCCCGAGACGGAUGAGACCAGCGCCCAACAAGAAGCUGCCGUGGCCGCCCCUUCCCCUGUCGCCCUUUCCUCCGACGUGACACAACGUCCUGCAGUGAUGUUGUUCGACCUGCCGUGUCGGUCGGAGGAAAUGCCUCAGUCGUGGGUGGCCUCGCAGACUUCCCUGCACCCAACAUGGACUUUGUACCUUCAGCUUCAGAUGCUCAUGAUCACUUCCUCGGCGGUCAUUUCAGCGUGUCAGAGGCCUUUGAUGCAGAUCGCUAUGUCCUUGAGAGCGGGCUUCUCUCUUCCCCCAACUCAGUCGAUUAUGACAACGAUAUUAUGGCUGGUGACUCGUCCGCGUUCGCAUCCGCGUUCAACUUCGACAUGGACGAGUUCCUCAACGAUGAGGCCAGCGCAGCCGCCACUGACGCGUCAGCAGCGGAGAACAGCGCAGCGGACCCGGACUACGGCCGCCGUGCCCUUAACCCUGAGACUCAAGUCUCUUCAGAAAAUCCUAACCUGCAGCCCCAAUCUGGCGCGUCCACUUAUGGAUGCGACGAUGGAGGCAUUGCGGUUGGUGUCUGAGGGCUGUGAGAAUCGGGUGGGGGGUACGGACGUCGGAGCACCGGUGACGCGCGACAGUUCCCGCGAGCCGCACACGUGGUUCAAUGGCGGCGCGUUGCCCUCUAAAGAGGUACUCCUCACGCUUCUUUGGACCCUUCGGGUCGAAGAGCGCAAGAUGAUCCAACAAGGGAUACUACCCAACCUCCAUCCCGAGACGAACACCCACACAUCAGCCAGCCUAUUUAACUCGACAACAACCACGUCUGUCAAGAAGAGACAGGGCGAUGCGUUGGUAGACGGUGGAGAGAAACGAGUGCGCUUUCGCUGA